GUUUCUGUGUGUAAUGAGCACUGCCACCCUGGCUAUCAGAAGAAAAAGAGAGAAGGGGGAAAAUUUUGCUGUUAUGACUGUGCCCCAUGCCCAGAAGGGAAGAUUUCAAAACAGAAUGAUAUGGAUGACUGUUUCAAAUGUGAAGAAGAUCAAUAUCCAAAUGAUGACAGAGAUAGCUGCAUCCCCAAAAUGAGAAACUUCCUUUCUUAUGAAGAACCUUUAGGGAUUGGUUUAGCCACAGUUGCUUUAGUGUUUUCCCUAAUCACAGCUUUGGUGCUAGGAACUUUUAUUAAGCACAAUGAUACCCCCAUUGUCAAAGCCAACAACCGGGAACUCACCUACACUCUUCUCCUCUCCCUCCUCCUCUGCUUCCUCUCUUCCUUGCUCUUUCUUGGCCAGCCUGGGAAAGUGACCUGCCUUCUCCAACAGCCCACUUUCGGCAUCAUCUUCUCAGUGGCUGUUUCUUGUGUGUUGGCAAAAACCAUUAUUGUAGUUCUAGCUUUCAUAGCCACAAAGCCAGGAUCUAGGUUGACAAAAUGGGUGGGUAAAAGACUGGCACAAUCCAUUGUCCUUUCAUGCUCCCUUAUCCAAGCAAGUAUUUGUGUUGUGUGGCUGGUAAUCUCUCCUCCAUUCCCUCAUUUGGACAUGCAUUCAGAAACUGAAGAAAUCAUUGUGAAAUGUAAUGAAGGCUCAGUCGCCAUAUUUUAUUGUGUCCUGGGCUACAUGGGCCUCCUGGCCAUCAUCUGCUUCAUUGUGGCAUUCCUAGCCCGGAAGUUACCAGACAGUUUUAAUGAAGCCAAAUUUAUUACCUUCAGCAUGUUGGCAUUUUGCAGUGUAUGGAUCUCCUUUGUUCCAACCUACUUGAGCUCAAGAGGAAAAGACAUGGUAGCUGUGGAGAUCUUCUCCAUCUUGGCCUCAAGUGCUGGGUUACUGGGUUGCAUCUUUGCCCCUAAAUGCUACAUCAUUGUGCUCAGACAUGAGAUGAACAAUAGAGAACAACUAACAAGGAAAAAGAAUUGA